AGGGAAGUACCCCGACCACCACCGCUGGUCCGGCUUCAACGACUGCAUACGCUCCUGUCGCAUCAUCCCUGCUGCUCUGGGAUGAGGACAGGCCUGUCCUGUUGACCUUCACAGUCAUGAUGGUUAAGAUCAUCUUCUACGAGGGCAGGAAUUUUGAGGGACGCCACUAUGAGUGCAGUGGUGACUGCGCUGACAUGCACUCCCACUUCUCCCGGUGUAACUCCAUCCGGGUGGACAGUGGGUGCUGGGUGGCCUAUGAGAAGCCUAAGUAUUCUGGGUACCAGUACAUGCUGACAAGGGGGAAGUACCCCGACCACCACCGCUGGUCCGGCUUCAACGACUGCAUCCGCUCCUGUCGCAUCAUCCCUGCUUAUAAUGGAAACUACAGGAUGAAGAUCUUUGAGAGAUCAGACUUUGGGGGCAAGAUGAUGGAGCUGAGCGAUGACUGUCCCAACCUGCAGGACCGCUUCCACCUGAGAGACAUCUCAUCCUGCAACGUCAUGGAGGGCUACUGGAUCCUUCAUGAGCACCCCAACUACCGGGGCCGUCAGUACUUCCUGCGCCCUGGCGAGUACAACAAGCACAGCGACUGGGGCAGCAUGAACUCCACCAUCGGCUCAGUGCGGCGCGUGACAGAGCUGAAGCAAACCAACCAAUAAAGCCAAGUCUCUAGAUCUCUCUCUAGCCAGGCUAGAUCUCUCUAGCUCUUUCUAGAUCCCUCUGACAGCCUGCAGAAGUCUAUACAUACUGUACAGGGGUUGACAACAUGAGUCAAUCUCAACAUAUGGUUGGUAUCAGGGAAUAAGGAGAUUGUCCUUUAAUAAUUAGACCAAUUGAUGAGAAUAUGGCUGGGCUGAAGUAAGAAAGCAGUGGCUUGGAAUUCUGGUGUAGUUGUACAAAGAGCAUUUAGAAGGCUUUAUGCAGACAGAAGUGCAUUUAUGCACACCCUCCACUCACAUUGAAUAAUAAACCAGUGGACGGUAGGAUAGAACAAUAUAAUCAAUUGUGUCCCUAAUUCAGCGGCAAAGACAGUUGCAACUUCUUCCAACUGAGGAGCCUGCUUAAAUUGUUGUGGUGUUUAAACAUUAUUCUGACCUCCUAAAUCGAAACGCAUGAAUUUGUGUCUAAAGCAAAGUCACUUUGUUAGCUUGUCAAUGUAACACUUGUCAUGGAAAUUACCACCAGGGACUCAAAGUCAAACUUUAAUGAAUUAUUCUUUAUUAUCAACAAGCUGGAGAGGUCACAGUCAAACUUAGAUGCAUAAAAUACCGGUCUGAAGUGAGCUCUCUUCGGGGCAGUCCCGUUAGUUGUCUUAUAUACUGCUUACACAGACAAGCUAAGUAGGCAUGGUUCAUAGUGUUGGUUCCUGCAUGUGUCUGGCACCAAAUCCUAUCUUAAUUUAUAGAACAUAUUCACGGCGUUCUGCCAAAAAUUAUUCUUAACAACUGUGGCAAUGUAUUUGGCGAGAUCAGUCAUAUUAGAAGAGUGAUCUGGGACAAAAGUACAACAUUCAUCGCCAAUGAUUGCACGAGUGCCCCCUUGACCUGCCAAAAUUUAGUCAGGAUGAAGAUCUCUGUUUUGCAGAGCCAAUUUACACAAUUAUUUUAGUUCCCCAUUCAAUUGUUCCAGGGUAUUUCGAGUAGCAUUGCCAAUUUUCUCUACGUGUCUAGAAAUGUCACGAAUUUGGUCUAGGGCACAUGAAACUCCAUACCCAGGGAAAAACACACCAAAGAACCUGGAGGCAGGUGCCUGAGUGUGAGUGAUGUCAGCUAGAGACCUCUUAUCUCUCCUCAUUCCAGGAGGUUUGUAGUCUCUCAAACAGAGCCUUUGGAUCUUCUCAUUGUUUGGAACGGUUCUUAUAGCUGUCACCACAAACCCAACAGUGCAAGCAUUUGAUCCAUUAAGAUUCAUAGUACAUUGUCUUAAAAGGCAUUUUUCCUGCCAAUGCUAUAGUAAAGUUCACCACCUUAACCGGACCCAACCCACACACCCAACAGUCCUUUUCCUUGGAUAUCAGGUCAGCAAUCAUUUCUGCUCUAGAUAAGAACAAAUUGUCCUCAUGGUUGUAAGGGCCCAGCAGGGCUCUCCUUCCACGAUAACUUCUGGGCCAUUCCAGGCCUGCGUUGGUCCCUUUGGCUCAGGACUCCUUCUACGAUUACCAUCUUUUGGGUCACUACUCCGGGCCUGCGUUGGUCUCUUUGGCUCGGGACUUAUCUCACCCUUAUAGAAACAUUCUGUCUCAGAGACAGGCCCCCAAAUACAUUUACACAUAAAUCAUUCCAUCUAACCCAUAACACAUUAAUCGCUCCACUUAGUUAUAAACAUACUAAAAACUUGCUCAAGUCAAUUAAGUUACAAAAAAAAAUGGUCAGUUUCCAACAAUGCCUUAUCUGGAACAAUGAUCACUCACAUGAUCCACACGACCUAGAAACUAUUUUGACUUUCACAGGGAAGAGAGAGAACAUGUUAUAACCGUUUCAUACCAACCUUGAUAAGAAUGAGAUUGGGGCAAGGUUAGCCCAAGCUACAAUCUAGUGGCUCUCCUCACAUUUUAGGGUCAUCGCUCUGUCUCUAGAAGCCUCGCCUUUCCAAAUCAUAAUUAGAACUAUUGAUAAAUUAUCCAACCCAAAUUUAGAAUGACAGUCCUUAGUGAUUCACGUUGGUUCUAUCACUCUAAUUUAAGACCCUCAAUUUAGCACACACCGACACUGGCAGAACGUACAUUUACAUUGACAUACAGUAUAUUCAUCUUAUAUUUCUAGCAUUAACUUUUUUCAUUAACUUUUUUCGUCAUGCAUUCUUAAUCUAAAUUACUAAACAUUUCGCAGUGUGCAGAUCUCCACAAUCAACCUGAUACCCCAAAUAAACAAUUUUGGACAAGCCUAAAUCAAUUACGGGCACAGUUGACCUCCCCCUCCUUCACGGCACUCAUUCUUCUGGCAUUUCUUCAUUUUCUUCUUCAGAUGGCUUUAUAGUUCGUCCUCCCAAUGGCACACAUGUUCAAAGUGGAUGGCACUUGAUAAUGUCCCGAUUCCAAUAUCUGGGGAAUAAUCUGAUUUUCCCAAGCAGACGAAUCUCUCACGGCCAAUUAUGUCUUGUCCAUUUUCCUACCAGUACACCAGCAGCAUGAGAGAAGUUUGGACAGGAUCUCUCUCCAUACUCACUCCACUUGGACUCAUGUCACACUCCUGAGAGAAAAGGCAUGAGAGAAAAGGCAGUUGAUAGCUUUGACUGGAUGCUGUUCACAGGUUGCUGGCUCGGACUCAGGUCUCAUGGUAGAAGUGGUGAAGGACCAUAGUGAACGCCGGUUAGAGGGGGUGAGGCUCACACUGUUAUCGGUCGAAUUUACCCUUCCCAUUACUUCUGUGUGGGUGCUGGUGUGUGUGGUAAAACGUAGGGUGAAAAAACCCAAAAUGGCCUUACUUAAUUUGGGAACUCCCUUAACAGCUGGAUCCGGGUACCUUUAUACUGUAUAGUAUACUGUCUCAAUAACUGCUCUCCUAAGGCACCUGCCUCAGGAAGCCUUUCAAAGGGAGAGAUACAGAGUCAUUGGUAAACUUGGUACUGGACAUUCAUCAGUCCUGGAAGAAAAAAAAUUAACUUCGUUUUCAAUAUGCUACAGCUUAGUCAGUCCUAAGAAUUCUUAAUCUUAAUCGAUCUUACUGCAUUUUAGGCAGGAAGUCUUGAUAAAACCAUGAGUAUACAGAAUCACACAUCAGAUGAUAGUGUCCCGUUAAGCAGAAUAGGCACUAAAGUAAACAAUUUAGGCACCUUCUAAAGUAAACUUUCUUGUAAUCUUAUCAUUUUGACCUGUAGCAUUGACAUAUGAUCUGUACUGAUGGGCUCCAGACUAUACAUUAUUCCUCCAGCAGUUGAUGUUUGAAGUGUGUGACAAUUAAAUGUUGGUGUUGUUGAUGUUCACUACAAGUAAGUUAGAGCAAUCACAUUACAGAUCAACAAAUAAACCAAAUAAAUCUGUAAAUCAAGGCGUCCAAAAUAAAACAUGUGUACCAUGAUUGUGAAACAAACAUGAUACAGAACAUCAAUUACUGAACUGUACAUCAUAUUUAUUUUUCAAAGCAUCUGUUGCAUGAGGAGACAAAGAUAAUAACACAAACAGGAAGAUGUUCUGAGGAUCUGUGUGGACACCAAACGUGACCAUGAACAUAAAAAACAGAAGGGGAUAAAAGUUUAUAUUUAAAAAAAUUGGAAGUCACAAAAAUCUAUUAGGGCCAGUUACCAAUCAUGAUUACAAAACAUUUUACCAUACAAACAAUUAUUUGUGUAGGAGGGCCACACGUUCCAAUCUCUGUGCUGUCACUAUAUAAAACAUUCUGUUGAGACCUUGUGCAUCACCCACUAAAGUGCAAGGGAUUGUGAUCAUCAGACACUCACAAUGACGUUUGGCCUCCAGGAUCAUAUAUAUACACUACCAGUCAAAACUUUGGACACACCUACUCAUUCAAGGGUUUUUCUUU